GGUAAAAUAUGAUUCUAAAGCAUCGAAGUAUCCAUCAAGUGGGAAUGGAUACACUGGUAGUGGAGGCAAUAACUAUUCUAAUUACCAAGUUAAUUCUCGUGGGAAUAUUUAUCAAACACAACCAGGAGGUCAAAUGCAACAACAACAACAACAGUCAGGUCCAUUUAUCACCAGAAUCACUAAUGAUGCCCGUGAAGAUGAAAUGGAACAGAAUUUAAAACAAGUCUCUGGAAUGGUAACACAACUUCAUUCUAUGGCUACUGAUAUGAAUCAAGAGAUAACUACACAUAAUCAAAUUCUGGAUCGUAUCGAUCAAAAGGCACAACAUAAUCAGUCACAGUUAAUAAUUGCUCAAAGAAAGCUGAUCAAAUUUUGGGACAACCAUCGAAGCCGAAUAACCCCGGCAGUGGUAGUAUAAUGCCAAGUAGUGCAAGUUUAACAGCUGCCAAAUUUAUGAUGAAAUAAUGGGGGAUGGGGAGGGGGGGCGAAGUAUACCGGUUGAUUAUUUGCUUGUUCACCUUUAACACUGCUGAUCAAACAUACACACUUAUACACAGUAACAAUAUUUUCGAUGAAUUUUUUCAUGUUUGUAUUUUGUUGACCGUUAUUGUGAUCAUUUUUGAUUUCUGUUUUGUUUCAUAUUUGCCUUUUUGUUUUUGGUUGUUAAAUGACAAUACAUAUUAUACUAUGGUGUCGUUGUAAUAUUUGUUUAUUACGUCACAAUGACUUGCCUACCAGUUUAUUGUUUCAUUGCCUUCUGGAUGACGUUUUCAUUCCUUUGUUGUCCAGCAAUUGAGUGCCUUUCAAGUAAUGAUUAUUGCCAUUGUUAUUCUAUUGUUACUGAGUUGAAUCUCUAUCGAUGUGCAACGUGCCUUUCUUAGUUGUCUCUCCUCUCUCUCUCUCUCUUUCCCUUCGUUUUUCGCUUCCUUCUCCGUUUGUUAUUCUUUGCAUCGUGUACACAACGUCAGUAUAAAAAUAUAUGAGGUAGGCUCUGACCUUCAUCUUUUCUUAUUUCAAUGGAAUUGAUCGUGAUUGUUUAUUGAUUAAUGAUUAAGAAGGUUCAAUGAAAUGUUGGUUAUUUUUGUGCAAGUGUUUUCUUGUUAUCUACGUAUUGGUCUUUUGUGAUACAUACAGACAAACCGAAAGAUACACACAUACAGAAGUGGGACGCUUUUUCUUCACUGAUAUAUAUUAGUAAAGAAUAUCAAACCAAAGAGUAGUUAGAUAAUCUUCUUUCUACACUUGUAUGUUCUGAUGCGACCGCACGCACUCACAUACGCACAUCUGCACAGUCGUUAUGAUUCCAUACAAUUUUCUUCAGUCUCUCUUGUCGGUUCUCAUUUUUCUUUUUCUCUAUGAAACAUUUCACUAAUAUCGAUGAUGAUGAUGGUACGGAUGACGGCUUAACUACUUCAACAAAUUACUCUUGAUAUAUUUAUGCUAAUUGUUUGUGCGUGUAUAUGACAGAGAAAGAGAACAAGAAAGAGUUACACAAUAAAAAUUGACCAACUUGUAACAUGUUCACUUCUGUUGUCCUCGUUCCUUUCGUUGUGUGUAUGUCGUUGAAUGUUUGUGUGUGUGUGUUGCUGUGAAGUGCUUGUUUACUCUGUUGUAAGUUUACGUAUGAAUUAGAACCUGGGUAUCAGUUGUUGAUCGGUUAUUGAUUUUCAGAUUUGUUUGAUAUGAUUGGUUUUUUAUCAUGUCAAUGUCAGCAUAUAGUUGUGAUUCUCACCAUAAGAUGAUAAGGGGGAUAGGGUGGGAAACGCAAGAUUGAUGAUGAAUGUUGGCUGUCGAGCUCAGCUUGAAGUAGUAAUUAGUGGAUUACUGGCAGCUGAAUUGACGAGUUAUAUUCGCUCUAUUUAGAUCUCGAAACUUUAGAGAGAGAGAGAGGCUUGAUAUAAAACACCAUCACUUUACAAGACAAUUCAAAGAACUGGGGAUUAGAGAAAAAGUGAUAUCGAAGUAGACAGAAAUGCAUGCAUUUUGAGGGAGUUGUGGGAUUUUGAAAUAUUUUAAGUUGUUAUUCAUCGUAGACUGACAUCAGUUAGAGGAACAAAGGAAACCUGGGAGCACUGAACAGCUGUUUCGCCUUAGUAUAGGACUCCUCAACAGUGCGCACCCACGACCCCAGCCGCCAGGGAUCGAACCCGAGACCUUCAGCUUCCGUGGCCAGCACGUUACCAUCGAGCCAC